ACGAAAAAAAAAAACAGUAAUCCAAUCGCCAAUCGCGGUGCAAUGUAGCUGAUUUGUUGACAAAUAGUGUAAUACAUAAUAGUUAUAUUUAAAGUGUUUAACGUAACGUUUAGCAGUAGGUUCUUAUGGCAUAGCGGUAGAGCAGUAGCUCUCAUGAAAACGGGAGACCCACCGUAAAACGGUAGACCUGGCAAGCCUGAAAAUAACUUCUUCGAUCAGCUGAGAUCAGCUGAGAGGCGCGAUAACAGCGCGCCGUGGUCUGAGUAAACUAUAUUAACGCAGAACUGUCAUUGCACGAGAGUGAGCAGGCCCUGGUCAGCUGAUAAUUGUCAAAAAAUGUAAAAAGAUUAUUGAUAAAUUAGUGCGACCUCAAUUUUUAAUUGCAUUGUCCAAUAAAAAUGAUCUCGAGUGUUAAGUGCAUUUUGAAUAUCUAAAAAUGAAUCUGCAUCAAAUUGUAAGCGGUGCUUGCAAUGCGGGCGAUAAAUGCUUUGCUGUUGGAUCUGUUGAAGGAGUUCCUUUUACAGCUUACGCUGCAGGAUGUAACAUCGUAAUUCUAGCAUCCACCUUCGAAAGAGUGCAAAUUAUACCUGGUGCUGUUCAUGAUUACAUCCGAAUAAGCUCUAUAGAUUGCUCCAGUGAUACUGGAAAAAUCGCUGCUGCUUAUGACAAUAUUGUAUGCAUUUAUGAGCCCACACCUUUAAUACACAACAAUUCUCCACAUAGGCCAACUAAAAAACACCGGGGGGUUAAGGGACUAGACUAUAGAUGGGUCCAAACUGGAAGUUUGAAAACUGACACGCCAAUUCGGGCGCUGAGCUGGAACCUCGAAGGAACACGUCUUUUAACAGCCGGCAAUGAUGUUCAACUUUGGCACCUUAAACAGCAGGCCCAUGAAGAACAGCCUCCUGUUACCUUCACUCUCGGUGGUGGUGGAGAAGAGAAUGAAACCUCGGAUGAACCGGAUAAGCCUCAAGAACAAGAACAAACAUCGUGGCAAUGUGUUUGGAAGGCAAAUACUGCUAUACCAGUCCAGCAUUUGGCAUUUUCACCAGAUGGAACGCUUUUUGCUACUUGCGGUGAAAAUGAUCGACUGGUGAAGAUAUGGUAUGAAAAUAAACAUUUUCUCUUCACUUCCAAGAGUGUUGAAGGCCCUCAAGAACUUGAUUAUGGGUUUGUUUACAUUGCGCAUCCUAGAGCUGUUACUCAUGUGUCCUGGAGGAAUACCAGCAAAUAUAUGCCUAAAGGUUCCGUUUCUAAUAUGCUGUUAACAUCAUGCAAGGACAAUAUUUGUCGAUUGUGGGUUGAAACAGUACUUCCUGAGGAUGGACUUGUGAAUUUGUCCCAGUUAGAUCCUCAGGCACAUCAUCCUAAAUUCCGAACUCACAGACAUAAGCAUAGAUUUAUGCAAAGGUUAAAGCAUAUGAAGACAUGUUUCCACAUACGGAGGAAUGCAAAACAUCAGCUGCAUGGCUUUGUAGGAUCAUCCCAACCUAUACCCACUUUGCCAUCUACUUAUAGUGUCCACGACUUCCAUUCUUAUGGAUAUCACGGAACAGGUGUUACGCCAGGGCUGCAUUUCCAUCUCGCAGCUUCUGUAAAUGCAGAAACAGACAUACCUUUGGUUCCUAACAUCAGUUAUUGCAAUCCCAGGCCGGCCUUUGUAUUGCAUUGGCUGGAUAAUAAAGAAAUGCAAUUCAGCCUUCAAGCUGAACUUUUCUUAGAGGAAUUUGCAAGGCCGGUAGUUGAAAAUCCGGAUUCAGAUGAAAGCAGCUUGGAACCAAUGAUGGAAUCUGGUGCCACAGACGGAGUAGAUGCGAGAAUAGAAAGCUUUUUGAGGGAUUGGCAUCAUAGUCCAGAUUUAUUGUUCAGUAUACAUCCGGUCGAUGGCAGUUAUUUAAUUUGGGUGGUUGAGUGGUUGGACGAGUUUCAUCCGGGUUCCUUCCGUCAGGCCCAGGUGUCUUUUUCAACCCGAAUUCCAUCAGCUUUCCCUGUUGGUGAUUCUAUGAGUAUGUCUACUACCGUGAGUUUAUACAGCACAACCCCUUUGGUCAAACAUUUAGUCAAAGAAGCAGUGAACCGAGAGUAUUAUAAUCGAAAUUUAAGCAGUGUUAAGGAGGAAGAUGAAAAUAAGCCAGAGCUAGAGAGUUUCUGUUUGGGUGACGAUCAAAACGAUUCAGUUCCUGUGGUAUAUUUGGUGACCAAGCAUGAUAAUGGCACUUUGAAUUUAUGGCACUUAACGUUCGCUGAUCAGAGUAAGUUUGCUCAAGUUUUGAGUAUUGGACAUCGGAGUAGAGCAUCAGGGCAUCGAUUCAGAGUUAAUGAUAUCAGUUGCCAUCCAGUUUUACCUUUGCUUUUAACUACGAGUCAUCACAAUAUUGUGGAUCAAACCAAAAGCCAUCAAAAAUCGAAUGGUUUUUGCAGUGAACUAAUCCUUUGGAAAGUAGACGCAGUGGGUCCACUAUCAAAAUCAGGUGGAAUUUGCGAAUUAGCUAGAAUUAGCUCGCCAGAACCGGCAGCUUUUAGUAACGUCGCUUGGAUACCCACUUUGCUUCCUUCAAGCACACUUGGCAAUCUCUCCAACUCGCCAAGCGCUUGCUUUGUAGCUUCAGAUGGACAAUGUUUGAGAGUAUAUCAAGCGGUGAUUGACGCUAGAAAUUUAUUGGCUGAUUUAUCAUUCAAAGAGACCAGACAAAAGCAUUGCGAUCACAUGAGUGAUAUGUCGGACAUGUCUUCGUUUAAUGAAGACACUCUUUUGGAAAACAUCAAUAUUGUUUCCCAGCAAAGCACCUCCCGACCUGGAUGUAUAAUUCAAUUGGAAACUAUUGCUGAAGCUAUUCAGUGGCAAAAUACCACUUUUUUGCAUGUUUAUCAGGAGCAGUUGAUCACAGGACAAAGAAGUUCCGCUAAAGCCGCAAACCAGGACGCAAUGGUUGACCUGCAACAGUCGUCAGUUUUUGAAGAACCUUUCUUCAUUGUCCUCCUAGACUGCACUGAUCAGCAUACUAUCAUCCACACAUGGAAAUUAACAAUCGCUUCUACCGAUGCAGAUCUAUCAAUGACAGCCAGCCAGAUGUAUGUGCCCGAUUGCGUUUUGAUUCAAGAUGAAAAUGACUUGUCGAGAAGAAACAGUGUUGAAUCGCUACAUCUGAAGCAAUCUAAAGUCACUCCUCAUAUUACGCUCACUGUUAAAAGGGAGAUUAAGCAAAUUUUGCCUUUACCAGAUGCCGUGGAAAUCGUACAUGCGACUGCUGCCGCUGGCCAUUUAAGCUCAGCGUCGAUUUAUCCCGCUUGUUUGGCCCCGUACUGUUUUGCUACGGCUUGCAGUGACGGUGUGAUUCGAUUUUGGGCGGUUUCUACACUCAUUCAUCAAGUGAGUGAAAUGUCUAAUCUCAUGUUGGAAGAAGACGGCGUUUUGGUAAAUUCUAACAAAGUUUGGGCGGAAUGGAACAUGAUUAAGGAAUCUGCUAUUGAAAUCGAAGGGCAGGUACUGAAUAUCAGUGUUGCGUACUCUGGACGAUUAGCUUGCGCUUACAAGUACGGCAAAAGUUUCACAAGACCCAACAAAAGCGAUCAGGAUUCUAGGUAUAUCAAUUUGUGUGUUGCCAUUUACGAAUGUGAGUCUACAGGAGGAACCGAAUGGAUUUUGGAAGAUGUAAUUCACCUGAAAAACAUACACUUGCCCAGAAUUGAUAUAAACAGACAUCUGGAUUUGAGCUACUUGUACGAUUCUAGAACGCUUAAAAAGAAGCAGCGAAUCAACGAAGUGUUUCACACUUUAUCAGACGACAGGCAAAAUAAUAUGCUCUCGACUGAGUCGAUUAAACCAACCCUCCUAGCGGUGCCCAGUUUUACUACACUGCAAUCACUCAGAAAAUCCAUCUCAGAAAUGGGCAAUAUUUGCCCAAUAACACAGAAGCACAUCGUCCAACUAGAUUGGGUGUCCAAUGAAGAUGGUUCGCAUAUUUUAACAGUCGCAUGUGGAAGCAAAAUAUUGCUAUACACACCAUUGUCUACAGAUUUAGCUCAAGCCAACGUUAAGGCUAUGAAAGAAUCAAUGAACAGCUUCAGGCCCAUUCUCCGCAAAGCCAGUUCUUUGGCACAGCCUAUGUUUGUGGAUGAUUUUAAAUGGAUGACUUUAAGAAAGAUUGAAUUACAUACUGCUGAUGGCUUACCAGCGCUUCCCAUGCAGAUCAGCUGGGUUAGAGACGGCAUUUUAGUCGUUGGUAUGGAUUCGGAAAUGCACGUUUACACGCAAUGGAAGCCGCAGCAACUUAGCCAAAAACAAAACGGCGUCACAGAAACUGACAAUAACAGGGAAAUGGAUUUCAGGACCUUAACGCAGGAAAAUCAACGUAAACUAGCUGCGAUUCCCACAUUGGGUCGAAUCAGUUCUGUUAACCUUCAGAUUCUCGAUCGAAAAAGAAACAAAGACCAGAAUCUUGAUUACAUGCCCGAUUAUGGUCUGUUUGAAGCCUCGCGAAUAGCUUGUCCAGUAUUGCCUCAAUAUCACCCGAAACAACUGAUGGAGCUCUUGAAUUCCGGCAGAAUCCGUUGGGUGAAAGCCAUUUUGGCCCAUUUGGUCAAGUGCAUUGGAGGCAACCAAGAGCCAUCUGAAGAUAUCCAAGGCUGGGCAAGGUCUAGGACUUUGUCAGUUAGUUACCCUGCAGGCAGUCCGGAACAUCGAGCUAGCAUUAGCGAUAUUACGUUGGAUUAUGAUGAAAUUAGCAACAUACCACCUUUACCUUUAUGGACUCUGCUCGCGGCAGAUAAAGAGUUACCUUUAAUCCAGGAGGAAAAGAAGGACUACAACGAACUGUUUGAUAACAGCAUGAUUGAAGAGUCUUUGAAUUUGGACGACGACGAUGACGAGGAAAGUUGCCGAAGAGAAAGACGACUAUCUGAAAGAAAUGUCGGUCUUACACACUUUACACCAAAGCAGGGUCGGAUUCUGUCCAGAUUAUUAACCCACAUUCAUUUGCCCGGUUUGUCCAGUUUGGACCAGAUGCAUUUACUGGCAUUAGCUGAUACUGUAGCUACUUGUGACACAGAUUUAGCUGAAAGAUUUGCCAUCGAUGCAGCUAAAUCAGCAAUGGUAAAGGAAAAUCUAAUCAAUCAAAAUGAGGAAGUGAUGACCGACAAUCUCGACGAUUGCGGUUUGCGAUUUCUACUUUCGAUGAAACACUACAGUUAUCUACUCAGGUGUUUACCUCUUGCUCAGAGGUCUCAAUUCCAGAAGAACGGAGUGGGAAACAACAAUCUUGCCUGGGCUUUUCAUUCGGAAAGUCAGGAAGAACUACUGAACCUUAUUCCCAGCUAUGCAAAGAGUGAACCCACUUGGACUCAGCUUCGCGAGUUAGGCGUGGGCUGGUGGAUCAGAAAUUUAAAUCUUCUAAGGCAGUGCGUGCAAGUUUUAGCAAAAGCAGCAUAUCAGUCUAAUGAGGAUCCUAUGGAUGCCGCUCUUUAUUAUUUGGCUAUGAACAAGAAGAAUUUAUUAUGGGGUUUAUACAGAGCUAAACGUGAUCAAAGAAUGACUGAUUUCUUCUCAAACAACUUUUCGGAAGACCGAUGGAGAAAGGCGGCGUUAAAGAAUGCGUACGCUUUGCUAGGGAAACAGCGAUUUGAGCAUGCGGCUGCUUUCUUUUUGCUCGCUGGGAAUCUGAAAGAUGCUGUCCAAAUUUGCAUUAAUAAGCUUGAAGAUUUGCAAGUAGCCAUCAUUAUCACCAGGCUAUAUGAAGGGGAUGGCCCAGGCCUGAAGAGAUUGCUCUACAGAGAAAUUUUGGGUUGCGAUGAAAAUGGUGCAAAUCAGGACCUUUCUAAAGCUCAUCCAGAUCCUUUUCUGAGAUCGAUGGCUUUAUGGACUCUGAAAGAGUAUCAGCCGUCUCUAAACACUCUUUUAAUAGGUAAUGCAGGCACUCAGCAUCCUGCUCAUGACGAUGAAGCCCGGGAAACCAAAGAAGCGGAUCCCAACGUUUUUAACUUCUACGUAUAUUUACGGACACAUCCACUCCUAGUGCGUCAAAAUUUGGCUGCUUCCGGCCAGCGAAAAGUGUGGAAGGAUGGAAAGCAGAUUAUUCUAGAAGAUUCUAUAACUCCUUUGGAAAGACAGCUGUAUUUUGCUACUGCACACGGACACUUUAGAGCUGGAUGUCCAGCUUUGGCGUUAGAGGUUUUGUCUAAAUUGCCACAUGUGGUGCCAUGCAGACAGAAAGCUACACUUCUGACAACUCCCUCUGAAAUUGAAGAUUUACAUCAGGAAAUCGCGACUGGUAUCAUUUCCUGGGAUAGCAAGAGAGAAAUUAAUCAAAGCGCAACUGAUUUUGAUUGGGGCGGGUCCACGAACAAAGAAAUUGAAACCAACGACUUAGAGCUAAAAUGGAGUGAUGACGAAGGUGAUGGUGAGUCUGAUGACUCGGGAGGUGGUUUAGCAUUGAAGUUAGACAGCGGAAACGACAAAGACAAGAAAGAUACACUUCUAAGAGAGCAAACUGUCGAAGAGGAAAGAGAGGAGGAAGCCCAAAAUCAAGUGGAUAUUAUGGCUCAACAACUAAAGUUCGUCGCUUGCUUGAAAAUACUAAUGGAAGAAUUGUCCACUUUGGCUACAGGUUUUGAAGUUGAUGGUGGCCAACUUCGUUAUCAACUGUACCUUUGGUUGGAAAAAGAAGUGGACGCGUUGAAAGAACUGUGUAAUUACACUACAACAGACGAAAUCGAUUCGUCGGAUUUAGAGCCUUCGUCCGACUUGGAAAACACUCAAUCGGUGGAGAUCAAUCCGAAACCCACAUUGCAUGAGAUUCUCGUUCAAGAAAAACUAGACUUUGAGGUGAAGGUGCAAAGAGCGGCCAAACGAAAGCGUUGGCUAAGAGCUAACGAAACACUUCUCCGAACUCUUCUGAGUUACUGUUCCUUGCACGGCGCUACUGGCGGUCUGGCUUCAGUUCGAAUGGAGCUAAUGUUGCUUUUGCAAGAAUUGCAACAAGAAAAAACGCAUCAGCAGUUACUUAGUCCUUUGCCUUUCCCCACUAGCCUGCCUUUGCUGGCAGCCAGUGUGGCGAGUAGCAAAACUGUUAUUGCUGAUCCUAUUCGAUAUUUGCAGAGUCUCACACACGAUAUGUUGCAUACAAUGGUUGAGCUGCGGAAUCCUUACGCAGAUCAAAAUCAGAUGCUAGUUUUACGGGACUUAGCAAUUGCUCUGUCAGCUUGCAUUUAUCAAUCUUUAUGUGACUCUGACACCUUUAAGGCCUCCAUACCAGAAGCACAGGAUCUUACUUCCACAUAUCUUGUUGGCCGAAGACGAAAAAUCUCCGUGAAUGAAAGUCUACAAAUAGUGACUUUACCAUCAAAGUGGCCCGGUGUGACUAGUCUAAGAUCUCUUCUGGCACGCGAAAAGGACGAAGAUACGCCCAGACUGCCAGUUUUGUUGUGUGAAGCAUUCAUUGCCACUUAUUUGGCUUUGUUAUUGUACGGAUUGGUCACUUGCGAUUGCGUUAUUUUAUUCCACGUCACCGCCCACACAUUGAACCCGGAUGUUUGGGGACGAUUAUUUGGAGGUGGUGUAAAAAAGUUGCUUCGUACAGCAAGUCUUUCGAGUAACCAAGGAAGUCAUCAUCCGGGACUUCAAUCCCAAACUAGUGUUCAGACUCCUAACGAAGAAUCAAGUGGAGCAGCAAAUUGGUUGAAUAAACAAAGAUUCAAACUAAACACCAAAUUACUUGGUCAACAGACUAGCGUUAUGAAAGAGGACAGGCCGACUUAUCGAGAACAGUUUGUGCCACCCGAAAUGAGCAUUCUAGCGUUUCUUUUACAAAAGCCGGAAUCAAACUACUACGUGGAUGAAGUUGAAAGUGAAAAUGAGGAGGAAGAUGAAGAUGAGGAUGUGUUUGACGGCCCGGUAACAACAACCACCACCGCUAAAACCGUUAAUAAUGAACACGCAGAUCCCAAUUCCUACUCUUGGCUAGUGUUAAAAUUAGCUGUUUUGAGGAUCGCGCAGAAUCGAAUGUUGGAAUUUUUGGCGAUCGCAGGACUAGAAACUUCCGAAUUACCAGUAGCAAGUCCAUUGAUUCACAGUUCGCUUAGGAGCUUGAACAACUGGCAGGAAAAUUUGAAACGCGAAUUGGAGCUCAGGCAAGCUCCUCCCGAAUAUAUUCCUGGAUGUUUUGUGGAAAGCACAGUUACUGGUCCUCCUAUUCAAAAAUACAGGCAACUGCUGGAGCCCCACAACACGCCUUUCACUACUAAAAGUUCAGCAAGCCCUGCUCGUUUGCUUUGGACUUAUUUAGUGCAUCAAGAAUCGGUUCAGGACAUAUUUAUUCGGGCCGUAUUUGGGGGCAAACGAAGGUCCAACCCUACUUUGGAGGAGGUUUUGCCACAUCCAGAACCAACUUUAGAGCCAGUGAGGAUCAUUCACAAGGAGCAGGAUUCGAUUUCAGCGUUUUCAUUAAAUCACUUGAAUGGCGGUUUAAUUGUGGUGGCGACACCUCGGGAAUUACAGGAAAUGGACAUUUCCUUACUACUAGAAUUCCCGUCUUGGUUGGAAGAUGAAUGCGAGCUUGAUAUUUUGAAUCUUUCGAACAUGUGCCCUGAUAGUUCCGUGCCGCCGUUCUUGAUUAUUCAAAGUGCCGCGGAUAAAUCCAAAGAUACACAACCGAGCAGUCCGCAGCCCGGAAUAGGUAGUCAGAGCGGUCGAGGUGCUACUGUGGUUUUGAAGCACAAAACGGAUGGAGUACGGAGAAUCACUUCCCAUCCUUUGUUACCCCUUUAUUUAACCGGAGGUACUGACGGCUCGGUUCAGUUAUGGGAAUGGGGUCAUCAGCAACCCGUAGCUACUCCUCGACCUGCAGGAACCUACGCCAAAGUAACCAGGCUCAGAUUCUCACAACACGGCAACAAAUUUGGAGUUGCGGAUUCUGAUGGAAAUCUCAGCUUAUUUCAAGUCGGUUUAAGUUCUAAUGCCACUUGGCCGUUCUUUACACAUAAUUGCCACAACAAGGGAAUUAGCGAUUUCGUCUUUCUGGGGUCUUGCAGUUUAUUGGCCACAGCUGGCCACAGUUCAGAGAACAAGAAUGUUUGCAUAUGGGACUCGAUAAUGCCUCAUAAUAAAGCUUUGGUGCAUCCGUUUGUUUGUCACGAUCAAGGUGCGAGCUGUUUGGUUUUUGCACCUCAACAUCAGGUGCUCAUUUCGGCUGGAAAGAAAGGCGACGCUUGUCUUAUUGAUGUUCGAUCGAAGUUAAUUCGACACAAAUUCAACGCUCACGAGAGCGCAGUUAAGUGCAUCGCAAUUGAUCCGCAUGAGGAUUAUUUUGCGACUGGUUCAGCAGACGGAGACAUCAAGAUUUGGGGAGUUGCCGUACCAAAUGUUCUACUGACCUUGCAAACAGAGCAUGCUAGAGGAGGAUUUUUCAAAAACAUCGGUCAAGGUGUCACCCAACUGCAAAUAGACUCGCAUGGAAGACUGUUUUCCUGCGGCGUCGAUGGCAGCAUGAAAGUUAGACAAUUACCUGAUAGAGAAACAUUGCUGAACCAUCAUAAAAAGCACACUACUGAGACCGCGUAAGCUAAGUAUUGUGAUGUUAUAACGUGCAAAUAGGAAAUUUCUAUUUUAUAAACGAGCUAAAGGAAGUUAAAUCGUUUGAAAAAGAAAUGGAAUAGUUGCAUAUUGCCAGGAAAUUUGUAUCACUUAGUAUACGGCAGAUUAAACUACUUUUCACUUUUGUUAAAUUAGUGCAUGUGUUUCGAUCUUAAUGCCAUUGCGAUCUAACUGAUAUCUAAAUUAUGUAUUAACAUUUACGCAAAAAGAACGCCAAAGCUAUUUCACUAAUCGUUGGUUAAAAUUUAUGCUAUUGCAUUUACUGUAUUAUCUGUACUGUGUUAGUUGUAAAAGGACCUAGAUAAGAUUUUAAUAUUAAUCGAUACCUAUUUAAAUAUAUCCUUGCGGAAAUUAAAAAUAUAUUCUAAAUCUGAGGAUGCACUUUCCGACUUCAAGAAAUUAUUGUUACUUGUUUCAUAUUUUUGCUAUAACUGAAACAAGAUACAUGCAUGUUUAUGGUAGUAGAGGAUUAGUGAUUCAAUGUAUUAUUUCAUAAAAAUUAACUAUUUGUGAUUUAUUUUAAAGUAGGUACCUAUAGGUAGCAUAUAUGCUAUUAAUCAUUAUUAUUAUAUUCACAAUUGCGUCUCAAUUAUUUUAGUGUUUUAAGCUUGAAAUUACUGCAAUUUUUUUCCAUUAGAGAGUUGCUCUUGUUGAUAUUCGUAUUUCGACGUACUCGCAGAUUAAGCUCUAGUCAUAAACCGCUUGUUUUCAUUUUAUUUCCGCCGCUACUCAUUUUGAUUGUUCUAUGCAUUUCUUUUUCUCUCUUUUAUUGUUGCAGUUUGUAAUAUCGAUGUAUUGUAAAACCUCAUAUCUAAAUAAAUAUAUUACAUGUUGA